AUGAAAGAUAUAAUGAAGGAAGUAGAAGGGAAAGUGAAGUUUUCAAUGGCGGAUUCGACAAUGAUGUUACUUGUUCAACAAGCUAUGGACAAAGCUCAUGAAAAGAUCAAAACCAAACACGGUCUUCUCCUCCGUCUCAACGCCAUUUCUAUUUUCUACGAACUCGCUGUGUUACAGCUCGAGAGCUGUCUUAGUUUCGUCAGACAAGAGACCGAUAAACUCGAGAGUAACCACGAGGAAGUGGUUCGCGAUCUGAGAGAGAUCAAAGACAGGCUUCACCACCGUCUCUUAGAGACAGAAUUAGCUAUUCUUGAGAAAGACAGACAGUUGUUGGAGAGUUCUGAGAAUCAAGAGAGUCUAAGAAACGUGUUAGAGAGUAAAGAAACAGAGUUGGUUCAUUUGCAAGAUCUUGAGAGGAAGAGAUUUCAUAACAAGAUUGGAGAUUCUAUUAAUGAAGAUGAGUUUUCUGAGCUGAAGAGCUCUGUUGAUCAGCAAGUGAUGAAUCUUAGACAGAAGCUUGAGACAGAGUACGAUGAAUUGGGAGGAGAAACAGUGGAUCCUUCAGGGGUUGAUAUCGAUGUUUUGAAAGGGACAAUGGAUCUUGCUUUCAACAAGAUGCAUCACGCUAUAUUCUUGUCGGAAUUAGGUCCGAUUGAGCAGAGUUGGAGAUGGUCUAUAGAGAGAGACUCAAUGUCGUUACUGAUAAAAGGUUUCAUGAAUGGUUUAGAGGAGAAGAUGGAGAAGGUAAUGAUGGUUGUGAGAGAUUAUGAAUCAGGUUUUACAGAACGAGUUAGUUCGAUUCGUAGAGAGGUAGAGUGUUUAGAAUCUCAGAUUGAACAGAUCAUCAUCAUCAACAGAUCAUCAUCUCCUAGAUCAGGUGUUGCCACCGCAGCAACAAUAUCAUCAUUAUCUUCAAUAGAUUGUGAAAUUGGUGUUGAGAAAGAAACUAAAGAGGAUGAAGAAGAAGAAGAACAAGAACAAGAUUCAAGAAAUUUUCCUGUUUCGAAGUUGAUAAAGAGUCAUGAAUCAAUCAUUAGGAGGAAAAGUGAAGAGCUUGUUCCUCCCAAAAUCGAGUCUGUUAAACGUCAGAAGAGCUACAACAGCUCUAGCUCGAAGCGAGCUGUUGAUGAUAUUGUGGCAGGUCUUGAUAGCUUGAUGAGUAUUAACUCUAAGCUGUUGGAAAAUAUGUUUGAUGAUGGUGGUGGUGGUAGAUAUGAUCAUGAGCAUGAAGUGGUAAUAGAUGACAAUUUGGAUGAUGUUUGGAUGAAAAUGCAGAAGAAUAGAUCAGUGUUUUCAGACAAUGUCAGAGAGGAGAAAGAAGAUGCAGAGAUGAAACUGUUAAUAUUGGAAGAUACUUACUUGACUUUGCUCAAAAGUUUAAUAACAGAUGAGAACACAAACAGUAGAAAAGCGAAAGACGAAGAAGAAGUGAUCAAGAAUUGGGAGAAAGAUUAUGAGAUUCUUCGUGAAGAUGAAGAAUUCAAACAAGAACUCAGUUGGAUUGUUGUCACAGAGUUGCUAAGAGAGGUUUCAGAGACUAUGGAGAAUCAUGAAAAGAUUGAUGCAAACAAUAAACGAAUGAUCGCGGAAGAAGGAAACAAAGCCUGCUUGGAGAUCUCUUUAUUGUAUGAUGAUUUUGAUUUGAAGAUUCAAGAGAAGUUAAAGAUGGUAACUUUCAGGUUACAAAACUUGGAGAUAAAGAUUGAUACAACGAUAGAUUGUAUAGCAGCGUUGAGACGAAAAGAAUCAGUUUAUAGAACAGCUUUUGUUCUUAGCUCUGAAAAUCUCAAAAAGGCAGAAACUGAGGUUGAUCUUCUUGGAGAUCAAGUCGAUUCACUAGUGAAGCUACUACAUAAAACACUUUGGACAUUUCAUCAACAUCCAUUGCUUCUCUGCAGUAACUCAGAUAUAUUGGAGAUCUCGAAGAUGAUCAAGAAAGAGUUAUCAUUUGAGGAUUCAUGA